CAGCUGGAAGAGGCUGGAAGGACAUUGGGAGAUGGUGGUGGUUCCUGGUGAGAACCAGCUUCAGGCUGUGCGGGCCUCAGGCCCUGAGAGAGAGGAGCUUGCCUGUGACCGUCCCUGCCCCGGGGUCAGGGCCCGUCCUGCCCGAUGACCUCCCAAGCACAGGCUGGCUUUGCCCACCCCAGGUGUCCUUCACUGUCCACGUGACCCUCAUUCCACAUCCUCCUCCCCAAGGCAGAGGCCCCUCCCCACCUCCAGGCCCUAAUCUGCACCCGCCCUUCUUAGGACACCUGACCAGGGAUCCAGGGGACAGCAGUCCAGACCCAAAGGCCAGUCCCCAAGCCUUGUCCUCCUAAUGAGCUGACUGUGCAGAGGCCUUGCCGGAACGUUCCGUUUCCAUCUCAGGGGAGGGGAGGUCCUCCCUGCCCUCCUGCCCUUGGCAGACAUCAGGAUCUCAGAGGAUCCCAGAGCCCGCCAGGAAGCGGUGUCCUCAAGCGCCUUUUCCCAACACAGGCACCUCUGUCCUGGCUCUCCCAGUCGCAGCCACAUCAGCCCACCCCGUGAGGUCCCUGCAGACAGAGGCUGGGCAUCCCCCGGGCCCCACGCCGGGCACAGUCACGAGACCUGCCAGGUGGAAGUCACCAGGUCAGCCCCAGAGAGGCCGCACCCUUCCUCCUGGUGUUCCCGGGGACAGGCUCAGCCAGGGGCACCAGCCUGGUCCAGGACCAGCGAGUGUUAGGAGCAGAGUGAGGACAAGUCAUGGCAAGGGAAGCAGAAAUAAUGAGGGUCCUUCCGGCUCCAAACACCAACACGGAAGGGGAGGGUGUUGCUGAGUCUCCUGCUAGGAAAACACAGGCCCUGGGCAUAUAAAAGCCCCAGCAGCCGACAGGCUCAGACACACACUCACACACACACUCACUCAUUCACACACCUCCCCCAGCUCACCUCCUCCCCACCCCAGCAUGGCCGCGUCCACCAUGUCCAUCUGCUCCAGCACCUGCACCGACUCCUGGCAGGUGGACGACUGCCCAGAGAGCUGCUGCGAGCCCCCCUGCUGCGCCCCCAGCUGCUGCGCCCCGGCCCCCUGCCUGACCCUGGUCUGCACCCCAGUGAGCUGUGUGUCCAGCCCCUGCUGCCAGGCAGCCUGUGAGCCCAGCCCCUGCCAAUCAGGCUGCACCAGCUCCUGCACAUCCUCAUGCUGCCAGCAGUCCAGCUGCCAGCCGGCUUGCUGCACCUCCUCCCCCUGCCAGCAGGCCUGCUGUGUGCCCAUCUGCUGCAAGCCUGUCUGCUGUGUGCCCACCUGCUCUGGGGAUUCUUCUUCAUGCUGCCAGCAGUCUAGCUGCCAGCCGGCUUGCUGCACCUCCUCCCCCUGCCAGCAGGCUUGCUGUGUGCCUGUCUGCUGCAAGCCCGUCUUCUGCAAACCUGUCUUCUCUGGGGCUUCCCCUCCGUGCUGCCAGCAGUCUAGCUGCGUGAGCUGUGUGUCCAGCCCCUGCUGCCAGGCGGCCUGUGAGCCCAGCCCCUGCCAAUCAGGCUGCACCAGCUCCUGCACACCCUCAUGCUGCCAGCAGUCCAGCUGCCAGCCGGCUUGCUGCACCUCCUCCCCCUGCCAGCAGGUGUGCUGCGUGCCCAUCUGCUGCAAGCCUGUGUGCUGCAAGCCUGUGUGCUGUGUGCCCACCUGCUCUGAGUCUUCCUCUUCAUGCUGCCAACAGUCUAGCUGCCAGCCAGCUUGCUGCACCUCCUUGCCCUGCCAGCAGGCCUGCUGUGUGCCUGUCUGCUGCAAGCCCGUCUGCUGUGUGCCUGUCUGCUCUGGGGCUUCCUCUCUGUGCUGCCAGCAGUCUAGCUGCCAGCCGGCUUGCUGCACUAUCUCCUGCUGCAGACCCUCCUCCUCUGUGUCCCUCCUCUGCCGCCCCGUUUGCAGGUCCACCUGCUGCGUGCCCGUCUCCUCCUGCUGUACCCCCACCUCCUCCUGCCAGCCCAGCUGCUGCCGCCCGGCCUCCUGCGUGUCCCUCUUCUGCUGCCCCACGUGCUCCCGCCCGGCCUGCUGAGCCCUCUGCUCAGGCCAGGAGUCUAGCUGCUGAUGUGCACACCCCCCUGGGCCAGCUGGGUUCAAUUCCUGACCUGGUUUAGGUGGUUGCCCCCACCUAGGAUGGGUCCCUGUGUCUCCCCUGUGCUGAGGUGACCUCCCCCUCCUUGCUCCCAGGAGCCCCCAUUCUCGCAGCUCCCCACCUCUUGCCUCCCAGCAGGUGCCCAGCUGCCUGCUGGGUCCCCUGUCCUCCCUCCCAGCUUUUCUGCCGUGGGUCACUUGGCCUCGACUUGAACCUGUCAGCACCUCCUCCUGCUCCCGAAUAAACUCUCCUUGGUCACCUGA